ACUGCGGCGACCGAAACCUGUAGUUUUUCCCUGACAUGGAAGUCUUCAGACGCUUCCCUGGCCCUUGCCACCGAUGAGGCCGCCGCCACAACUCAACGCUGCAGCAGCCAACAGAAUCAUCCAUCUCUUAGCCACAUGCAAUUCGCCCACUCACAUUCGCCAAAUCCAGGCUCAACUCAUCCUCCAUAGCCUCUACGCCGACACCACUAUUGCCUACCAUUUCAUCGCCGCUUGUCAAUCUUCCGGCCUCUUAGACCACGCCGAUCUUCUAUACGCCCCGCUCCGUCGGCCCCAUGUUUUCAUUUGCAACGCUCUCAUCAAAGCCUUUUCUCACUCCCAGUUCCCUCGCAAGGCCAUAUCCAUGCACGCCCGCAUGCAGAGCAGCUGCGUUGUUCCGAACAACUACACCUUCCCUUUCGUUCUCAAGGCUUUUUCUGACCUUCGCGAUGUUAAACGAGGGCAAAGCGUGCAUACCCAGAUCGUAAAAAUGGGUCAUCUCAACGACAUCUAUGUCCAAAACUCGUUGCUGAACUUGUACGCGUCAAGCGGGGAUAUAGGCUUGUGCCGGAAGGUGUUUGAUGAAAUGCCGCAGAGAGAUGUUGUCUCGUGGACUGUUGUGAUUACGGGGUAUCGGGAGGCUGGGAAGUUCGAUGAUGCGCUGGUUGCUUUCGAGCAGAUGCAGUUUUCAGGUAUACGUCCGAAUCAAGUGACGAUGGUGAAUGCUUUAUCGGCCUGCUCGGCUUCUGGGGCUCUUGAGAUGGGGGUCUGGAUACACGAUUUUAUCAGGAAGAGUGAGUGGGAACUGGACGUGAUCCUGGGAACUUCUUUGAUUGAUAUGUAUGGGAAAUGUGGGAGAAUUGAAGAGGGGAUAGCUGUUUUUCAAAUCAUGAAGGAAAAUAAUGUCUUUACAUGGAAUGCUGUUAUUAAAGGGCUAGCUUUGGCCAAGAGCGGGGAGGAGGCGGUCCGAUGGUUUUCCAGAAUGGAGCAAGAAGGGGUUAAACCAGAUGAAGUUACUUUGAUUGGAGUGCUUUGUGCUUGUACCCAUUCUGGGUUGGUACAAAUUGGAAGGCAAAUAUUCUCUUCACUUGUUGAUGGGAAGUAUGGAUUUCAUCCGGGCGUGAAGCAUUACGCGUGUAUGGUUGAUCUGUUGGCGCGGCUUGGAUGUCUCCAAGAAGCUUUCAAGAUCAUUAAAGAAAUGCCCUCUGAGGCUACUAAAGCUGUCUGGGGAGCUUUCUUAGCUGGCUGUAGAGCUCAUGGGGACCUUGAAUUGAGUGAAGUUGCAGCUUGGAAACUAAUAGAUUUGGAUCCACAAAAUAGUGGUUACUACGUUAUGCUGUCUAAUCUUUACGCACAAAUGGGAAGAUUUGGGGAAGUGGAAAGGGUCAGGAGUUUGAUGAAGAAGAGGGGACUGAAGAAGGAUCUGGGUUUCAGCACAGUUGAGCUUCAACCUCAGGAUCACGUCCAUAUGAGUUACUAACACAGACAGUAACGCGCAAUCACAAAGUGCAGUAAAAGUAAUGGGAUUUAGGCGCUUUACAUUUAGUACCUUCCAUCUGUUCCUUCCUAGGACAUAAAUUGGUCCACGGUCAAAUGAAGUAUCUUUGCAUUUCUCCUUGAAAGUUGAAACCUUCUCGUGAAGCUUGUGAUUUCAAUCUCUGGCAGAGAAACAGAUGGAAUUUGGGGCUCCUAGACGAAUGAAUUACACGCCAUCAGAGAAGCAUGGAUUCAACCAAAAUUUUUUGAAACGAGUGAUUCGAGUUUGGUAUGUGGUACUCACCUAAUUAGAUAUUUGGUACUUAGGCUAGGCGGUAGGUUUAGUUGGUAUGCUAUUUUGAGACGUGGUAUAUUUAAAAAAUUUGCUCGUUCGUUCUUUACAUUAUCAAAUUUAU